UGUUCUUCAGUAGGAGGAAGAUACUUUUCACGGGGCGGACGCGGCCGGACUUAUUACUUUUUUUGGCCAAACCAGCGUUAAAUAUUGAAGAAAAUAACUACAAUUCAACGCACCGAGCUGACAGAAAGUUUGGGGAAAUGUCUGGCAGCCGAGACGAGGAUAAACCCCCGGGAGAGCAGGAACCUCAAGGCGCCGUCGGCGGAGAAGAUGUUGUUGAUGAUCCCAUCUUGGAGCAGGGAGCAGUGGUCCUCAGAGGGUAUGUGAUUGAACGUAUAAACACAGAAGACCCUAGUCGGCACGUCUCCUCUGAGGAUCUGGGAGGAAGGCCAGAUGAACUACAGGAUCCACAAAUUAAAGAAGUGGUGGAUCAGCUACUCAAGAUAGCUGAUGACCUGAACAGGAACGCUGAGCUCCAGCGACUUAUCAACCAGGUUCAGGGAAACUGUGCUCAGGACAUCUUCAUGAAGGUGGCCAGGAGCAUCUUUGCUGAUGGAAUAAACUGGGGUCGAGUGGUGGCUCUCUUUCAUCUGGCCUACAGACUUAUAUACAAGGCUCUGACCACCAACCAUUUAGAGAACAUCAGAAUGAUUAUCAGCUGGGUUCUCCAAUUCAUUAGAGAGCAGCUCUAUGUCUGGCUUGUGCAGCAGGGAGGCUGGGAGGGGGUGAUCCGUAGCUUUCCUCGAUGGAGGACAGCAGCCAUAGUAGCAUCAGUAGUACUGGUGGCAACUUUUAUUUAUCUCAGGAGGACACGCUGACACUACCAGACCUCACAACCAGGACUGCAGUCCCAUCUCCUGGAUAUAUGCAGCUUUUUGAUAAAGACAGUCUUUGGGACAUUAAUUACAACCACUCCUCAUCCUUCAUAUCAUUAACAAGAGGUCGUCAAGUAUUUUACUUUACUCAGGUUUCCUAGAACAAAAGAAGUGCUUUUACAGCCAGUUGUCCACUAGGCAUCUCUGUCUUCCUUCACCAGCAGCUUAUCAAGACCUUCCACAAAUUACAGAAGCUGCUACACAACCUUCACCAGCCAUUUUGGAGGCAUUUAGCUGCUGAGUAGCAGCAGCUGUCAGCAAUGAUGUUGUUUAAAGAAGUGGGACAUACUACAGCUGUCAUCUAAGCCAAGGACCUGACCUUACCUGAACCACAUUUAAGGCUCUGGGUGGGGUCUUUGGCCUCAGCAAAAUUUGAACGAGACUUAGAGGACAUAGAGAGUAGGACUGCUCGAUGGAGAUCACUAUUAUUUAACUCGAUUGCUCAUAGACUUUAGAAUCCUGCAUUUAUUAAACUUUUUAAAAAAAGAACUUCAGCUUUUUAGCCUUAGGUUUUGUUGAAAUUUAAAUGUAAUUCAAAACAAAUAUAAAGAUAAAUGCAAAGAAAUAAUGAAGUCAGGUCGUCUGCAAGGGAUUUAGCACCAGGUUCUCUACAAACAUGCAGUGUGAGAUAGCACGUUUGUAACCAGUGUACAAAUAAACCUCUGCAACAGACAGAUGUGGCUAUCUGACACCACCGUAGGUCCAAUGCAACAAGUUUGAUUAAUUGCUCAAUCUAAAGACGAGACCUGAAAAAUGACCCUAAGGACACUAACAUGAUUUUUCUUAAUGCAAGCAAUCAAUCAAUCAAAAUUGACUGCAUUCCAUGUGAUUUUUUUUUUUUUUGCUGAAGUUUUAAUACUGUUGUAUUUUGACCAAACGGUAGCCAUGGUGGUUCUCUAGUUAGAAUAUUAUAGAAUAGAAAGCCUUUAUUGUCUUUAUUAACCACGCUCAUAUCUUUUUAUACACAUGCAUGUCAACAAAUGAAGCAUCAUGGUUGUCAUGAGUCUUCAGAGAUGAAGAAAGUACCAAAUGCCAACGCUCUGCACAAUGGGAAAUGCUCUUUCUGGGUUUUUUUUUUUUUUUUUAAAUGGACAUGAUCCAUCUCAGGUUCAGGUUAAUCACCUGUUCAGGUCCUUCUUAGAUAAGUGCAGUGCAAUACGUAAAGGGAAUGAGAUUUUUAUUUGUGUUUUGAACUACUCUCUAUCCCCUCACCAUCACUGUACUGUGAAAACAUCUGAAUUGCACACAGACUGGUAAAAUCCAUGCUAACAGUACCACUGCCUGAUUUGAGGGCAAAACGGCUAUCCUCUGCUUAAAUCCUUAGUUUAAAAAUAAAAGACAGAUUUGAGGUGUCUGCAUAAUGCUGAAGUAUGGAGUGUGAGUGGACAGGAGAGCAUUUUGAAAAGACCAGUGUGUGACUGACAAAUAGUCAUGUAAAACUCUGCUCCAGGAGUGUUAAGAAGCUAAUUUCGGUUGUGUCUAUGGCUCAUGGUCUCCCAGUUGUUUGUAAAUGACAAGUCUGAUCUGACUGAGGAAGUCAAUGCAGCAGCCUAUAAAAUGCAGUCAGCCUUGAUAAGCAGGUUUAUCACCUACCAUCAAAUCAUUGACAUGCACUUUGUCACAGCAAAUUUUACCUAAAUAUACAAUGUGAGUAAAAUUCAUCAACCUGCUGAUCAUGUCUAAAUGUCUCAAAACUUGACUUGUAAUGUAUUACUUUUACUUUACUUUUUUUUCUACUUUUCUACUCUUCUUUUGUCUCUUGAAGCCUGAGUGGACUCCUCAGAGUGACAAGGUAUUGAUGUCACAUGUAGCUUAUUGUCAAAGUUGCUUUUACUUGCAUUAUAACAGAACUGGCCUGCUGACCCAUCAUGACAGUUUCUUGGUUGCCAUGGACAGCAUUCAACUGCAUCUUCACUGAGCCUUAUUAUGAACAGAUGUUCAUAUGACGGUACAUUUUUAGCCCGUAAAACUUGUGUGACCAUUGAGAAAUGGUUGGAAAAAAAUACCUAUGUAGAUUCUUAAAAUAGACAAAGGGGAGCAAAACUUUAGUGAACAAGAGAUUGUUCUGUAUGUCUGUGUGGGAAUAAAGUUUUAUAGAUGAAGAUGUCAUUAUUGAAACUAGUACUUUUUACUCAUUGCAUUUUUUUGCUUUUAGAUUUGAGUUCUUUGGGAGGGAAAUCACACUAUUCAUCUACUGUUCUGUUGUAUCUGUUUAAAUUGAAACCUAAUGAUUUUUAAUUUUUUGUCAGAAAAAAUGAAAUUUUAAUGGACUACAUUUCUGUGAAUAAAUUAAAAGUGAAUUAGA